AUGGACUACAACAUGGAGGAUAGCCAGAACUCAGCUCCCGGCAGUGUCCAGGCCGCCAAGCUUAACUCUGGUCACAAGGGCCCUGACUCUCAAAGCACGACCAAGAGACUGCAGACCGAGCUGAUGCAACUCAUGACGUCGCCCGCUCCCGGCGUCUCUGCCUUCCCCGGCGCGGAUGGAAACCUCCUCGCUUGGACUGCCACCAUCGAGGGUCCCGACGAUACCCCCUACGCCGGGUUGACCUUCAAGCUCAGCUUUGCAUUCCCCUCCAACUACCCUUACGCCGCUCCUACGGUGCUAUUCAAGACACCCAUCUAUCAUCCUAAUGUCGACUUCUCCGGCCGCAUCUGCUUGGACAUUCUCAAGGACAAGUGGACUGCUGCUUACAACAUCCAAACUGUUCUGCUGAGCCUUCAAAGCUUGCUUGGCGAGCCCAACAAUGCUUCACCCCUCAACGGUGAGGCUGCCGAGCUGUGGGACAAGGAUACCGAGGAGUUCCAGAAGAAGGUCCUGGCACGCCACAGGGAUGUUGAGGACGAAUAA